GCCUAGCCUCCGGUAAUUAACCGUCUAAGAUUAGACGCAGAAAGCUUGCUUACACUUCGAGGCACCUCAUGAUAGUUGACGCGUACCAGAUGGCGUCACAGCGGGGGCCCCCACGCCAGACUGCGAUUCGCUUCGAAACUCGUAGUAUGGAACCGACCACUUCUAUUCGAUAUCGCUGCUCAGCGUGACCACCGGGGGACCGGUCUUAGGCCCACAGAAGCCGCGUCGACAAACACGAAGGUGUGGGUUCUCUCGUAACGUAGCUGUAACUGCGUAGAUAUGAAUAUCGGGAUCUGCUAGGUCCACAAGUCAACGAAGAGCUGUGCAUAGUAUAUUAGUAUAUGGUGGAUGUGACUGGCCGAUCACUUAAGUUUCUGAUACAUCGGCCCUUCAGAAAGGUCCGUUUACUUAAUCGCUCCCUCGUGUCUACUCCAAAAACCAACUGGUCACAACUCAUACACUUUGGAUUCUAUUUCUUCCAAAGCGAGGCCGUCAUGUAUUCCUUGUCGAUUCUAGUUGGCGCUCUAGGGUUGCUUCUCAAUUUAGUGGUCGCUAUCGAUGUAGACUGGACAAGUGAUUCUUCUAUCAAGUCGGCCGCUAGUACGAUUGCUUAUGGCCUCGUCAAAUAUUAUACAGGAAAUAAUACGGGCGAUGUCCCUGGAAACUUACCUGAUCCCUACUAUUGGUGGGAGGCGGGCGCUAUGUUUGGAGCGCUGAUAGACUAUGCAGCUUUCACGGGCGACGAGACGUAUAACGACAUCACAUUCCAGGCUCUCCAGCAUCAGGUAGGAGAUGACGCAGACUUCAUGCCUUCGAACCAGACGAAAUCCGAGGGCAACGACGAUCAAGGGUUUUGGGCCAUGGCAGCAAUGACGGCCGCCGAGAUGAACUUCACAAACCCAGAUCCGGACCAGCCGCAGUGGCUAGCAUUAGUCCAGGCCGUAUACAACGAAUACGUCAGUCGGUGGGAGACCACCACGUGCGGUGGCGGAAUGCGGUGGCAAAUAUACACGUUCAACAACGGCUACAACUACAAGAACUCCGUUUCCAACGGGUGCUUCUUCAACAUCGCUGCGCGCCUGGCUAAAUACACCGGCAACGAGACUUACGCCUCGUGGGCGAGUAAGAUUUUCGAAUGGGAGCAAUCGGUGGGUUUCAUCAACGAUAACUACAACGUGCUAGACGGCGCCGGGAACGCAGGCGACGACAACUGCACGGAGAUCAACGCGGCCCAAUUUACUUACAACGCGGGAUUAUAUCUAUACGGUACCGCUGCCAUGUAUAACCACACCAACGGCACCGAGCCGUGGAAGACACGCCUAGAGGGACAAGUCAAGUCCGUGGCGAGUAUAUUUUUCGAGGACGGAAUUAUGUGGGAGCCCAGCUGCGAGAAGACGUCCGCGAAGUGCAAUACGGACCAGCAGGCUUUCAAAGGACACCUAAGCCGCUGGAUGGCUCUAACCACGAUCAUCGCCCCUUUCACGUCGGACACGAUCACGCCCCUGCUCAACUCGUCGGCCCAAGCCGCCGCCAAGCAAUGCUCCGGAACAUCGACGGAUUACAAGGGACCGGCGGGGACGGCGUGCGGGUUCAGCUGGCUGCAAGAAGACACCUUCGACGGUAUCACCGGGGUCGGCGAGCAGAUGAAUGCGCUGCAGGCGGUCAUGGCGCCUCUGGCCCCCCUCGCGCAAGCGCCUUACACGUCGGCGACCGGAGGCUCGUCCCAGGGCAAUGUGAAUGCCGGCAGCUCCGAUUCCGACAAGAUCGCGCAGCCGAGGGCCAUUACGGCCGCGGAUAGGGCCGGAGCGGGAAUACUGACGACCCUUGCUCUUGGUGGGUUGUUAAGUGGUAUGUGGUUUGUGAUAAUGGACGAGAAGUAAAUAUUAUUAUGACGGAACUUUUUAUGUUUAUUUAAACGGGAGAAGGCGUUCGGAGUCUUGGAUUGGGAUCACGGUAUACCUAUUAGAUUUAUGCCCAGCAGUUUUCGGCCGUGAUGAUAUUUUCUGGUGGAUCUACACGAAUGGGUUCACGAUAUAUCCUCGUAUAUUCAGGCCACUUUUUCUAUCACAUUGGAUACCUAAGGC